UGGUUGGGAUUCAGUUUGGGGGCGGGAGCAGAGCUGCAAAAACAAAAUGGGAUACAUGCGUUGUAGCCUAUGAAUAAUACGCACCCUCCCUCAGAUAAACACAACCUGCGGCAAACUACUAGUAAGAACGAUAUUCAAACGCUAGAGAUUCAUAACAAUGGAGAAUUUUCAAUAUACCCGAGACAAUGUCCCACUGCAAAUCCAAACCAAUAACUAUGAGCGACUGAGAGAAGACCAAGUGGUAUGCAGCCCCGCGGUGGUGAACAUGGGUCCUCCUUUAUACCCCCAGGUUCGGGACCACAUUGUUUGGUCAGUUUUUAACACCAUCUAUAUGAACUUCUGCUGUUUGGGAUUCGCAGCCCUGGUUUUCUCAAUCAAGUCAAGAGACAGAAAAGUUGUGGGAGAUCUGGAGGGAGCUCGCCACUAUGGGUCUACUGCACGAUGCCUCAAUGUGACCGCCCUGGUCUUGACCAUCCUCACCUUCCUGAUUAUAAUUAUUCUGCUUGCUGUUGGAGUCCUUCAGAUCUACAGUUCUGCCAUGCAAGAAGCUCAGAACCAACAUAACCUGUUCCAAGGAAACGGAAACUAAAUAAAGAAGGCAGGAACAAAAUUACUAGUGUCAGCAGACUUGCAGCUAAAAGUUUUUUUCUGCAGCACAAGUCCUUGUAAUAGUAUCUUUGCUGUUUUUGUUUUUUUGUAAUGUUUGAUUUCACACUUUAGUAAGAAAAAUAAUAAAUCCAGCUUUAAUCAA